CUAAGGCUGGCCUAGAACUUGCAAUGCUGCCUCAGCUUCCCAAGUGCUGGGAACACAGGCCUGUGUGGGUGACGCUCUACCUGGCAUCUGCCCAGGACUCGGGUGGGACGCCUCUCUCUUCUUCUCCUUGCUCUCAACGUCUCCGCCACCGUCUCGGUGCCCCUCUGCCUCUAGGUCAGCUCUCCAGACCUGUCUGCCCAGUAGGCCUGCCCCAGCUGUGCCCUGAGCUCCCUGCCAGGGAUGUGCUUCACCCCAGGAUCCAUCCCUUCCCAGCACCUGCUCUGCCCCAAGUCCCUUUUCUCCAUCAAUCUUCCCUUUACAGCUGUCCGGGUGACCCAAGAUUUAGAAUCUCCGUCCAGAACUGUGACCUUGGCGGCUCGGGGAUGAGCUCCGCUGUCCGGGGAGGGGGAAGGGGGCAGGGAGGGGUUUUCUCCCUGUCAUGAAACCUGACUGCUGAGCUGCCCGUUGCUAUAGCCUACCUGCUGGUGUCCAAACUUCAGAUCUUAAGCUUUACACACCUCUGAGCUUACCUCCCCAGGACAUCAGCCGCUCAUCAGCUGUCCAUUAGAAGUAGCUACCUGACUCCUCAAAGACAGCGCGGCCUCUGGCCACACCUGUUCCGGUGCCCCUCUGAAUCCUUCUCACCCCCACCUCCAAUCCCUCAGGCCUCACAGUGGGCCCUGACCACUUCACGCAGCCCCUGCCCUGCUCUAAGACCCAGUCGCUCUUGGGCCACCCGCCGAGCAUUUCUGAGACGCUCUCCCAAGGCCACCACCCUCACAGCAAGGCGGGGUCGCAAUGCCGGUUCCGCAGGGACACAGGGGACCUGCGUAGUGCUCCAGGAAGAGGGCCUCCAGCCGCCGCCCCUCCAGGCCGCGAGGCCCCGCCCUCGGCCUCCKCCGCGGCGGUCACGUGGGUGUCCCCCGCCGGCGGAACGGCUGGUCUGACCCUCUGGUCCUGCAGGUGGGGAGCGGCCAGCGCCUGCGGCCAUGAGCCCCCGCGCCGCGCGGCUCGCGGUCCUGGCCACCCUCCUGGCCACCGCCCUGGCCGAGGCCCCGCACCUGGUGCGCGUGGACGCGGCGCGCACGCUGCGGCCCCUGCGGCACUUCUGGAGGAGCACCGGCUUCUGUCCCCCACUGCCACAUGAGCAGGCUGCCCACUACGACCUCAGCUGGGACCAGCAGCUCAACCUUGCCUACGUGGGUGCUGUCCCUCAUGGUGGCAUCAAGCAAGUCCGGACACAUUGGCUGCUGGACCUCAUCACAGCCAGCCAGGGGUCGGCCGGGCAGGGCCUGAGCUACAACUUCACCCACCUGGACGGGUAUCUGGACCUCCUCCAAGAGAACCAGCUGCUGCCUGGCUUUGAGCUGAUGGGAAGCCCUUCAGGACGCUUCAAUGACUUUGAGGACAAGCUGCAGGUGGUGAAGUGGAGGGACCUGGUCUCUCUCCUGGCCAGGAGAUACAUAGGUAGGUACGGACUAGCACAGGUUUCUAAGUGGAACUUCGAGACAUGGAAUGAGCCAGACCACAAGGAUUUUGACAACGUGUCCAUGACCACUCAAGGCUUCCUGAACUACUAUGAUGCCUGCUCUGAGGGUCUGAGGGCUGCCAGCCCUGCCCUACGGCUGGGUGGCCCCGGCGACUCCUUCCACCCGCCCCCGCGGUCCCCGCUCUGCUGGAGCCUCCUGGGGCACUGUGCCAACGGCACCAACUUCUUCACUGGCGAGGUGGGCGUGCGUCUGGACUACAUCUCCCUGCACAAGAAGGGCAAAGGCAGCUCCAUCGGCAUCCUGGAGCAGGAGGUGGCCACCGUGCAGCAGAUCCAGCAGCUCUUCCCCACGUUCAAGGAUACCCCCAUCUACAACGAUGAGGCAGACCCGCUGGUGGGCUGGUCACAGCCACAGCCAUGGAGGGCUGACGUGACCUACGCAGCCAUGGUGGUGAAGGUCAUCGCCCAGCACCAGAACCUGCUGGUCGCCAACUCCAGCUCCCCAGUCUGCUAUGCUCUCCUGAGCAAUGACAACGCCUUCCUGAGCUACCACCCGCACCCCUUCUCCCAGCGCACGCUGACUGCCCGCUUCCAGGUGAACAACACCCACCCGCCCCACGUGCAGCUGCUGCGAAAGCCAGUUCUCACAGCCAUGGGGCUGCUGGCCCUGCUGGAUGGAGAGCAGCUCUGGGCAGAGGUGUCCCGACACAGGGUGGUGCUGGACAGCAACCACACAGUGGGCGUCCUGGCCAGUGCCCACCACCCUAAGGGCCCCACUGACGCCUGGCGUGCCACCAUGCUGGUCUAUGCAAGCRAUGACACCCACGCCCACCCCAACCGCAGCAUCCGCGUGACCCUGCGCUUGGAUGGGGUUCCUCCCCACCCAGGGCUUCUCUACGUCACAUACCACCUGGACAACCGUCUCUGCAGCCCCCACAGCGAGUGGCAGCGCAUGGGCCGGCCGGUCUUCCCCUCCGCGGAGCAGUUCCGCCGCAUGCGCUUAGCUGAGGACCCUGUGGUUGCAGAGCCGCGCCCCUUCCCUGUCGGCGGCAGCCUGACACUGCAUCCUGAGCUUGCGCUGCCUUCGCUCCUUCUGGUGCACGUGUGUGCGCGCCCCGAGAAGCCUCCUGGCCAGGUCACCCGCCUCCGUGUCCUGCCCUUGACCCGAGGGCAGCUGGCUCUGGUCUGGUCGGAUGAGCGCGUGGGCUCCAAGUGCCUGUGGACUUAUGAGAUCCAGUUCUCCCUGGAUGGUGAGGUGUACACCCCGGUCAGCAGGAGGCCAUCCACUUUUAACCUCUUUGUGUUCAGCCCAGACACAGCUGCUGUUUCUGGCUCCUACCGCGUGCGAGCACUGGACUACUGGGCCCGGCCGGGCCCCUUCUCUGACCCCGUACCAUACCUGGAGGUGCCUGCCUCAUGAGGGACCCAUGAGCCUGGUGAACUGCUGGCUGGUCAUAGGGUGCCAGCUCUUUUGUCUCCCACCUCACAGUUUAAAGAGCCUUUCUACA